AUGGACAAGGUUCAAAAAGUUCAAGUUCAAAAGGUUCAACAGGUCAUGCCACAUAGGCGCCCAAUUUCUAACACUGACAUUCUUGAACGACCCAGAUCCCCCAACACUGUAGUCCCAGAUUUUACUGUUGUCUCCUCUCGCUUCCCCCCAAUAGAGGACUUCCCAGUUACAUCGUUAACAUUCAGUGGAAAAGGCCCAAAGGUCGUUUCAAAGAAGUUUGUGGUCGAUGCCUCUAAAAUCGCUGAACUCAAGGCCAAAACUGCCAGCACGAGCAUGCCACAACCCACCCGUGUCGAGGCUGUCACAACGCUCUUUUGGAAAUGCGCACUGGUUGCAUCCAAAUCAAGAUUUGGUGGGAAUCGAAAGUCGUAUGUGCUGAUGGGAGCGAUAAACUUGCGGUCAAAGCUUAUACCACCUUUGCCAAAACAUAGUUUAGGAAAUGUAGUAGGAACGUUCCAGAUAAUAAUUGAUAACGAUGACGAUGACUACGAGAGUGAAGUAACAGACAUGUCGGGCUUGGUGUGUAAGUUGAGGAAAGGGGUUGAAGAAUCUGUCAUGCAGAACAAUAAUUUGUCGACCAAGGCACCGCAGGCGAAGAAGGAAUAUGAUAUGGAGAUAUACUUCCAUAGCAGCUGGUGUCGGUUUUCUCUAUACGAAGCAGAUUUUGGAUGGGGGAAGCCGACAUGGGUGGGGGUUGUUGGUCAGGGUUCUAUUUCCCCACCUGGAAUUACAUUGAUGGAUACAAGAGAUGGUGAGGGAGUAGAAAUUUGGUUGGCUCUAAUUGAAGAGGACAUGGCCAUAGUUGAAGCUAACCAGGAGUUGCUGUACUAUGCCUCACCAAACGAAGCAGCUCUCUAA